GGGGCCAGAGUUUGAACGUCAGACAACCCACUUAUUCAGGCCACUAUAUUGCUGACAAAAAAAAAAAAAUAGCUUUUAGGUAGAAAUCUCUCAGUGAAACCCUAACCCCGCGAAAACGUUACAUAGUCGUCCUGGCUUUGUUUAGGGUUGUAUCCACAGCAAAGCUUCACCCCUACGGCAGCCUCCUCCACUCCGUAUUCGACGUUAUCAUGUCCGGCGCCAAGAAAAACCAACCUCCUCUCAAGAAAACCAAAACUCAUCACCUUCAAUCCACUCCCUCCAAAAGCAUACGUACAUUCUUUCAACCACUCAACAGCCCUAUUCCUCCCAAAAACCCUGAUACUGAAUCUCCUAUCAAGCUUCCUCACCAAACAUCAACUUCUUCGACUUCUUCUCCAUCUUCUUCGUCCUCUUCCACCAAUGUUGUUGAAGUGAAGAAACGGAUUUCACUUUUGAAGAAGACACCGUCGGAGUUUGAUCAUAGCUCGGUUGCAUGGUGGAAGAAGGGUGAACCGGUGCCGUUUUUGUUUCUCUCGUUGGCGUUUGACAUGAUCAAGGAAGAGAAAGGGAGGAAUGCGAUGUCGGAUAUUGGUUGUAAUGUCUUGAGGACAGUGAUGCAUACUACGCCUGGUGAUUUAUUACCAGUUGUGUAUCUAUUUUCAAACAGGAUUGCUCCACCGUAUCAAGGUUUAGAAAUGGGAGUUGGUAAAGCUGCUGUUAUUAAGACACUUGCUGAGGCAUGUGGAAGGACUGAGAAAGACGUUAAGGAGCACUAUAAGAAAUUAGGUGAUUUGGGGUUAGUUGCUCAAGCUAGCCAUUUGUCUCAGACGCUGCAGAAGUCUGAUGCAUUGACUAUUACCAAGGUUUUCAAUACCUUUCACCUUAUUGCCAAGGAAUCUGGAAAGGACAGUCAAAAGAAGAAAAAUAAUCUUAUUAAAUCGCUUCUUCAUGCUUCGACUGACUGUGAACCUUUAUAUCUAGUCCGUUUACUACUGGUGAAGUUGCGAAUUGGAUAUGCCGAGCAGACUCUCUUAUCUGCAUUGGGCCAAGCUGCAGUGUACACUGAAGAACAUUCUAAACCGCCUCCUGGAAUUCAGUCUCCUUUAGAAGAGGCUACAAAGAUUGUCAAACAGGCCUAUUCUGUUCUCCCUGAUUAUGACAAAAUAAUAUCUGCAAUGCUUACUGAUGGUGUAUGGCUACUUGCAAAGACUUGUAACUUUACUCCUGGUAUUCCGGUUGAGCCUAUGCUGUCAGAAAAAAUCACAAGUGUAUCUGAAGCUCUGAAUAAGUUACGGAAUGCAGAGUUGAUUUGUGAAUACAAAUACGAUGGAGAACGUGCUCAGAUACAUUACAAGGAGAAUGGCUCGGUAGAGAUUUACAGUAGAAGCUCAGAACGUAACACUGGGAAGUUUCCCGAUGUUGUCGCUGCAGUUUCAAGGUUAAAGAAAAAAAAUGUGUCAUCGUUUGUUCUAGACUGUGAAAUUGUUGCAUAUGAUCGUAAAAAACAGAGAAUCCUUCCUAUGCAGGUGCUUAGUACUCGGGCAAGAAAAGAUGUAGCCGUGAGUAACAUAAAGGUUGAUGUCUGUGUAUUUCCUUUUGAUUUGUUGCAUCUUAAUGGCCAAGCACUUCUUGAAGAAAACCUGAAAAUCCGUAGAAAGCAUCUCUAUGCCUCAUUUGAAGAGGAAUCAGGAUUUCUGCAGUUUUCAAUGUCAUUAAUAUCAAACGAUGCUAAGGAAAUACAGAAGUUUCUUGACAAAUCUGUUGAUGCAAGCUGUGAGGGACUAAUUUUUAAAACAUUAGACAAAGAUUCUACAUAUCAACCUUCCGAACGGAACUGGCUAAAACUGAAGAAAGAUUAUAUGAAAACUAUAGGGGACACACUAGAUUUGGUACCGAUCGGCGCUUUCCAUGGUCAAGGAAAACGAGCAGGAGUAUACGGUUCCUUUCUCCUCGCUUGUUAUGACGUCGAUACACAAGAAUUUCAAACUAUUUCUAAGACAGGAACUGGAUUCAAAGAUGAAGAUCUUGAAGAAAGUUCCGCUAGGCUCCGCACUAAUCUCAUUCCGAAACCAAAGGCAUGCUAUAAACAUGCAGAAAAAGAUAAACCUGAUGUCUGGUUUGAAGCCAGUGAGGUGUGGGAGGUGAAAGUUUCAGACCUGACCAUUAGCCCUGAUUACCAAGCUGCAGUGGGGAAAGUACAUUCGAAUAAGGGAAUAUCUCUUCGAAUGCCACGUCUUGUUCGAUUCCGGCCUGAUAAAGCUCCUGAACAGGCCACGUCAUCUGAGCGGAUUGCUGAAAUGUAUAAUGCUCAAAAACACAAUCACCCGGACAAAUCCAAGAAGAAAAAUUGAGCUAUGAUCAAGGGACAA